GUGAAGUCAGUGGGACAUUGUAGGGCCGGCUCCGGGCUGUAUCUGACUGAGACACACCCUGCUCUCCCUCCAACACGGAGUUUUACCAAAUGUUUCUCAGCAGCCUCUCGGUCUCCUGUCAGUGUCUGCCUCUGAUCCUGAUCGCAGUCCCGGUCCCGGGAAAGGAGCUGCAGGGACAUGGCUCACAGAAACUACACCCCUCGCUACUUCUGCUGCUAAAUGUUGUUGCUGCUGUUUCAGAGCGAGCUUCUACACCUGGACUGAACACACCUGUACCAGCACCCACUGAACGACCAGCGAAUAUAAUGAUAAAUAAAUGUAUAACUGAGGAGCAGAAGCCAGUCCUUAAACGUGGAAUAGAUGAGAUACUUUGCAAUGGCUUAACCUGCUCUGGGAAUUAUAGGGCAUCUUUUAAUCAGUCCGGCUGCUACAACGUGUGCAUCAUAGAUAUUCGAUAUCUGAAAAAUUCAACUAAAGAUGUUUAUUAUGUGGAGUUUGGGAACUUGAAAACCUGGAGAACGUUUUCUCCUCCGUUCACAUCAGAUCACGUUUGUCCAACCCAAGGCCCAAGUGAAACCCCAGAAGCGGAUCAUGGUGAGCAACUCAAUACAACCCAAGGUCCUGGACUCUCCACUGGAGCAAGAGUUGGAUUGGGAAUCGGGAGUGUUGCUGGGAUUGCUGCUGUUUUUAUUGGAGCAGGAAUUGUGGGUUACAUUGUCCUAAAGCGACGAAGAAGCCGACACUCCAGUAAUCGAAAUGAAGCAUCGAAUGGUGACCCUUUGAGAGAGGUGACCUGUUCAGGUGAAGCACGGAGCCUUGUACCAACAGCACCUGAGCAUCAGGAUGGAGCGGCUGGAGAACAAAACCUUCUGGGGAACGGGGCUGUCCAGCACUGACUGAGUUUCCACCGCACUGAGCCUGGCUCAGGGAGGGGGUAAUCAGCCCAGUGUUGGGGGAUCGAGUGAUUCCUGGUGGAAAGUCUGGGCUCAAGAUUGAAAUCAACAAUCACUUCCCACUUUGCACGAACCCUUCAAGCAACACAAUCUCAGGAGGGAAACUCCCAGUGGGAAUGUUAUCCCUUUAUGAGAAAAGUCAUCCAAAUAUGUCAUCCUCUACAUCAUACCUCAGCAUUACUGUUAUAGUCUGUGUCCAAACACUGUCUCAGGGUUCAGCUGUGUAACCCUAACUCUAACCCCCAACACUAAUCCUAUGAGAUAUUUUUCACAGAUAAUGUCUUUAUUCUUAAUUAACAACUUAUUCGGUCAGAUUAUCUACAGUGUGGAAUUACGUCCUUCGGUCUAACAAACCCACACUGACCCUCCAAAGAGUGACCCAUUCCCCUAAUGCCCCUGACACUAUGGGCAAUUUAGCAUGGCCCAUUCACCUGACCUGCACAUCUUUGGACUGUGGGAGGAAACCGGAGUACCCGGAGGAAACCCAUGCAGACAUGGGGAGAACAAACAAACUCCACACAGACAGUUGCCAGAGGCAGGAAUCAAACUCUGGUCCCUGGCACUGUUAGGUAGCAGUGCUAACUACUGAGCCACCGUGCCGUCCCAUUGUUAACUUGUUCACAGUGUGGGUGAUGUUGCCAGUGCCCCAUUUAUUGUCCAUGUGGCCUUGACCCACUGCAGUCCUUGUAGUGAUGGUGCUCCCACAGUGGGGAACAUGGGAAGAGGCUUCAGAAACUCCCCCUGCAGUAGCACCUACUGGGCAAAGCCAGGAACUACAUUAUUGCCUACAGCAUUGUAAUGUAAUGAAGCUAUGGAUACUGUAUUGAUAUUGUACAGAAAUGUCCUGUAUGUUUAUUCAUGACUUCUGUAUAUAAAGCAAGAUUGCAGAUAUUUUUCUGUGAAUGUUUCUGUAUUU